AUGGCAUUUGGGGCAUUGAUUGUAUUUGGUAAGAAUUCUCAUGGUCAAAUUGGUAUUGAAAUUGAUAAAGAGUUUAUUUAUAAUCAAGAUAAUUAUACAGGUAUACCAACUUUAUUACCAAAUUAUUAUAAUGUUAAAAAGGUGUCAUGUGGUGUGCAACAUACAGGAUUCAUUACUGGAACAGGCAAUUUAUAUAUGUUUGGUAAUGGUAGUUUUGGUAAAUUGGGUACAGGCGAUACUGAAGAUAGAUCAGAGCCAACACUAGUGGAGAUGAAUCACUCAAUUAGAGAUUUACAAUGCGGGAAUGAUCAUUCAAUAGCGUUGACUUCCUCAUCGCAAGUUUUGACAUGGGGCAGUUCAUCACUGGGCCGUUUGGGUCAAGGGAAGACCCUGGCUAUCUAUCAGCCCAAACUCGUGCCGGGCUUGAGUAACAUUGAAAGUGUGUAUGCGGGUGGUGCGUCGUCUGCUGCCAUUAGUAAAGAUACCGUUCAGCGUAAGUUGUAUACAUGGGGAUACAACAAGUACGGUCAGUUGGGGAUUAAUAACCAAACUGACCAAUACACACCAUUUCGUUGUGUUUUCUUUGAUAAUAUUGGUAUCAAAACCCUCGCCAUUGGCGAUAGACACAUGGGUGCGAUCGAUCUAAAAGGCGAGCUCUACACAUGGGGUAUGAACGAAGAGUAUCAGUUAGGCGAUGGCUCAUCAUUCAACAAAUCACUACCAAUCCCAAUUAAAGUUAAAUCAUUUCAAAAAUUCGCCACCAUUCAAUGUGGUGGUACUUACACAUGCGCAGUUGGUGAAAAUGGUAGUUUUUGGUGUUGGGGUACAUUUGUUGACGAAUAUUCUUCAUCAGUUCCAAAAUGUUUAGUUGAAGCUACAACUACAACCACCACCACCACCACAACAACAACGACAGCAGCAGCAAAUGGUAAUAGUGGUGGUUUUAUUGAUUUUGAUUGUUCAUCAGAUUGUGGUAAACAUGUUUUGGCGAGAAGUCAAAAUAAUCAAGUUUUUGCAUUUGGUUGGAAUAGAUAUGGUCAAUCUGCGACAGAGGAGGAGAUUUAUGCUGAUACUGUACCAAUUUCAAAUUGUAAGGAGAUCAUUGGUUUUCCAAGUCAAGUUUCAACAGGUUCUUAUCAUAGUGCAUUACUUUAUGAUAAUCCACAAGAGUUAUUGGCUCAAUUAUUGUGGACUGGUAAAAUGGAGCAUUAUAAAAACAUGUGGUAUCAUUGUGAUACCAAAUCAGCAGUUACCUAUAGGAAUAGUAAUGGAGAUAGUUUGCUACAUAUUAUAGCCAAAAAACGAUUGGGUUAUCGUGAUGUCACAUUUUUCAAUGUUGAAGAAAUUUUAGCACCAAAUCUUAAAACUUUAAACAAAGAAAAUUUACCACCAUACUUUUACAAUGCAGAAAUCUUAAAAUGGCCUUUAAAAUCGGUUGCUUCUAAUCUACUAUCAGAUAUUAAUUUCACUAAUAAGAUAACAGGUGAUAAUUGUUUACAUUUUUUCGCAAAAAAGUUAUCAAUAAAGGAAUUUGAGAUAGCGAUUAAAGCAGGUGCAAAUCAUAAACAAAGAAACUAUCAAGAUGAAAGACCAUUUGAUUUAUUGGAUAAGGAUGUCGCAUUUGAAAUAAAGAAACAAAAUAAGUUGUAUGAUAUUGGUAUAGUUUACACUAGUGAAUAUGUAGACUUGGCCAAUAGGUUGAAGUAUUCAUUAGAAGACAAUUUAAUAACAGCUUGUUUAAUUAGUUCAGAAUCAAAUGAAAAUCGUAAUUGCUAUGGUUAUAUAUUCUUUGUCUCUUCUAAAUCCCUAACCCUCAGCUAUCAAGUGAAUCUAUUGUUAACUUUUCUUUCAAAAUUACCAAUGGUUUCAAUUUGGGCUGAAAAAACUAAAAUCACCGACCCAACUUUGGAAUCUUGUAUUUUCCGUUCACAAUUGGUCGAUUUCUCAUCAUAUGAAAUCUAUAAUGACUCUUUCAGUGUUUUAUUAGAAGGUGUUUAUAAUAUGUUAAAUACUAAAGAUUCAAAAAGUUCAAAAUCAGGUGAUGGAGAUAAUGAGGAUGAAGAUGAUAGUGAUAAUAAACAUGAUGUUGAUACUAUACCUCAUUCAAUCUCUGGUUCUGAAUCAAUUUUCAUAUCAUUCGAUCCAAAUAGUGAAAAAACUUUUAAACCAUUAUUCGAUUUCUUUAAAGAGAAUGGUAUCACAAUUGUACCAAGAGAGAAAAAAGUUAUCUCAAGUUGGGUAGUUGUGGUAAUUAUAUCAGAGGUUGCAUUUACACCUUUAAUUCGUGAUGAAAUUUCAUUGGCUGAAAAUAGAGGUAAACCUUUAAUUCCAAUCUAUUAUACCGAUAAAAUUUUAGAUGAAGCUUCUCGUUAUACAUUUUCAAAUUCUCCAAAAAUAUUUUUCAACCAAAAUGGUUUCUCUCAAUUACUUUUAUUAAUUAAAUUAAAUUUUAAAUUACUUCAUCAAACUGAAAAAUUAAUUAAAUUAAAAAAAUAA